AUGAGCACCGAGCCGCUCCUGGUAUCAUCACGCGACCGCCGGACAUCAUCAGAUAUGGGCUUCCCCAACGAUGCCGAAGAUGGCAUCUUCGAAUCCAACGAACAUGAUGCACACGCUAGCGAUCUCGUCACCGCCAUCGAGUCGCGCUCCCUAUCGCGCGGCCUCGCCCAGCGGCAUCUUUCUAUGAUGGGUCUCGCAGGUGCUAUCGGCACUGGUUUGUUUCUCGGUCUCGGCGGCGCUAUCCAGACCGGUGGUCCGCUAGGAGCUUUGCUGGGUUACGCUAUCGUGGGCCUCAUUGUAUGUGCGGUCACUUUUGCCUUGGGCGAGGUGUCGGCGCUGUUACCGGUUACUGGCUCUUUUGUGCGGCACGCCGAGUUCCUUGUUGACCCGGCUUUUGGAUUUGCCAUCGGCUGGAAUUUGGUUUACGGUAUCGCAUUAUCGAUACCUUCCGAGAUCACCGCUAUAUGCGUGCUAUUCACUUUCUGGGGCGAGGACAUCAAUCCGACUGUUUACAUAAUGGUCUUCAUCGUCCUGACGUUCCUUGUGGGUAUCGCCUUCAUCCGCAUACUCGGCGAGGUCGAAUUCGUCUUUUCGCUGCUCAAAGUCUUACUCGUAGUCUUCCUUAUCAUACUCGGAACUAUCAUCGCGGCGGGUGGUAUUCCCGGCACACCGGCUAUUGGAUUCCGGUAUUGGCACAAUCCUGGCCCUUUCGUAGAGUACGUAGUUCCCGGCAACUUGGGCCGGUUUCUUGGGUUCUGGGGCGUUCUUACCAGCGCCGUAUUCUCCUUUGCUGGCAUCGAGUCGCUUGCUAUGGCCGGUGCCGAGACCCAAAACCCGCGCCGGGCGAUCCCCCGAGCUUGCAAGCGGAUUUUUAUUCGGGUCCUUCUCUUUUACAUGCUGGCUAUUUUCAUCGUCGGGCUGCUCGUAGCCAGCGACGACCCCGCGCUCGAUGAUCAGUCGGGCACAGCAGCGCAAAGCCCCUUCGUCCUCGCUGCCUCGACCGCUGGAAUUGGAGCUAUCCCGAGCGUCGUCAACGCUGUUGUUAUUACCUCAGCAUGGUCGGCUUCCAACCAGGCACUGCUUGCUGGCACUCGUGUGCUGUUCGGCUUGGCACUCAAGGGGCAGGCACCGCGCUUAUUUCUCCGUACCACAUCCUGGGGUACACCAUAUGUCUGUGUGCUAUUUUAUACCGUAUUCAUGUUCUUGAGUUUUAUGAGCCUCAGUUCUGGUGCGUUGACUGUAUUUUGGUGGCUGGUAGACCUGACAGCUGCUGGUGUCUUGGUCUCAUGGUCCGCCAUCUUGAUCAACCAUAUUCGACUCAAGAUGGCCAUGUCGCGGCAGGGCAUCCCGGACUCCCGGCUACCAUGGCAUAAUUGGUGGACGAUCUACAGCUCCAGCUUCUCGCUUUUCAUGUGCUUACUGAUAUUAUUGACGAGUGGUUUCAAGGUCUUUACCAAGGGGAACUGGGACGCUAGUAGCUUCGUCUCGUCUUACUUAGACAUCCCAUUGGUACUGGCCGCAUACUCUAUCUGGAAGGUUCUCAAGCGGACAAAGAUCCAAUCGCUUAAGAGUAUACCGCUCGAUGAUGCCUUCCAGCAAGUCGAUGACUAUCCUGACGAGCCCGAAGGGAAGAGCGAAGGGUGGUUACGGGUGAUUAGUUGGAUGUGGGAUUGAUGAGGGUAAUAUCGUAU